CCGCGCGCGCGCACACACUUGCACCGUACCUCCGCUCCUGCCCAGACUCGUCUGGCCCCCACGAGCGCCGAACCCCCUGGGGCCGGAUGCCAUGGGUAACAACUUCUCCAGUAUCCCCUCUCUGCCCCGAGGAAACCCGAGCCGGCCGCCGCGGGGCCACCCCCAAAACCUCAAAGACUCCAUCGGGGGUCCCUUCCCUGUCACCUCUCACCGAUGCCACCACAAGCAGAAGCACUGCCCGCCGGUGCUGCCCGGCGGGGUGCUCCUGGCCACGCCGCUGCUCUUCCACCCACACACCAAGGGCUCCCAGAUCCUCAUGGACCUCAGCCACAAGGCCGUCAAGAGGCAGGCCAGCUUCUGCAACGCCAUCACCUUCAGUAACCGCCCGGUCCUCAUCUACGAGCAAGUCAGGCUGAAGAUCACCAAGAAGCAGUGCUGCUGGAGUGGGGCGCUGCGCCUGGGCUUCACGAGCAAGGACCCCUCCCGCAUCCACCCUGACUCGCUGCCCAAGUACGCCUGCCCCGACCUGGUCUCCCAGAGCGGCUUCUGGGCCAAGGCGCUGCCCGAGGAGUUUGCCAACGAGGGCAACAUCAUCGCCUUCUGGGUGGACAAGAAGGGCCGUGUGUUUUACCGCAUCAACGACUCGGCUGCCAUGCUCUUCCUCAAUGGGGUCCGCACGGCAGACCCGCUCUGGGCCCUGGUGGACGUCUACGGCCUCACGCGGGGUGUCCAGCUGCUUGACAGCGAGCUGGUGCUGCCCGACUGCCUGCGGCCCCGCUCCUUCACCGCCCUGCGGAGGCCUUCGCUGCGGCGCGAGGCCGACGACGCGCGCCUGUCGGUGAGCCUGUGCGACCUCAACGUGCCUGCGGGGGAAGGCGAGGAGGCCACGCAGGCCGCGGGCUGCCCCAUCCCGCAGAACUCGCUCAACUCGCAGCACAGCCGCGCGCUCCCCCCGCAGCUCGACGGCGACCUGCGCUUCCACCCGCUGCGCGCCGGCGCGCACGUCCGGAUCCUGGACGAGCAGACGGUGGCGCGCCUGGAGCACGGGCGCGACGAGCGCGCGCUCGUCUUCACCAGCCGGCCGGUGCGCGUGGCCGAGACCGUCUUCGUCAAGGUCACGCGCUCGAGCGGCGCCCGGCCUGGCGCGCUCUCCUUCGGCGUCACCACGUGCGACCCCGGCACGCUGCGGCCCGCGGACCUGCCCUUCAGCACCGAGGCCCUGGUGGACCGCAAGGAGUUCUGGGCCGUGUGCCGCGUGCCCGGGCCCCUGCAGAGUGGCGACAUCCUGGGCCUGGUGGUCAACGCCGAGGGCGAGCUGCACCUCAGCCACAAUGGCGCCGCCGCGGGCAUGCAGCUGUGCGUGGACGCCUCGCAGCCCCUGUGGAUGCUCUUCGGUCUGCACGGAGCCAUCACGCAGAUCCGCCUGCUCGGCUCCACCAUCCUGGCAGAGCGGGGCACCCCAUCACUUCCCUGCUCCCCCGCCUCCACACCGACCUCGCCCAGUGCCCUGGGCAGCCGCCUCUCUGACCCCUUGCUCAGCACCUGCAGCUCGGGACCUCUGGGGAGCUCUGCUGGCGGGACAGCCCCCAACUCGCCGGUGAGCUUGCCCGAGUCGCCGGUGACCCCAGGCACGGGCCAGUGGAGCGAUGAAUGCACCAUUUGCUAUGAGCACGCAGUGGACACGGUCAUCUACACAUGUGGCCACAUGUGCCUCUGCUAUGCCUGUGGCCUGCGCCUCAAGAAGGCUCUGCACGCCUGCUGCCCCAUCUGCCGCCGCCCCAUCAAGGACAUCAUCAAGACUUACCGGAGCUCCUAGCCCGGCGCGCCCACCCCUCGCGCCGCCUCCUCGGACUGCAGCCCAGCACCAGCUGAGGGGCAAGCCACGGGGCCCUUCUCUCCUUCCUCAUUUUGGAAACUCUUUUUCCUUCUCCAUUAAACUUGGGAAACUGA